AUGGAUCUGAAGCAGAAGGAAAGUCACGGCGUUGACCACGUCGACGUUGCGGCUAUGGACGAUCCGCAUCUACAGCCACCCGAAGCAUCGACGCUGCCGUGGUUUAAGCAGACAGAGCUGAGGAAACUUUACUUCAUGAUGGUCUUCCUCUUCCUGGGCUCUACGACACUAGGCUACGACGGAAGCUUGUUGAACGGACUUCAGACCAUGCAGUCAUGGCAGACCUUCUUCGACCACCCCUCAGGAAGUCGACUCGGAAUCUUCGGUGCCAUGCCAGGCUUUGGCGGUCUCUUCGUCCUCCUCUUCGCACCCUACAUCGCCGACGGCCUCGGCCGAAAAUGGGGCACCGCCAUCGGCUGCCUCCUCGUCAUCUUUGGUGCGCUGCUGCAGUCUUUCCCCUUUGGAUCUGGCAGGGACGCCAUGUACCUCAUCGGUCGCUUCAUCAUGGGCGCGGGAUCUAAUAUUUCAAACGGCACUUGUCCCCUGCUCAUCACCGAAGUGGCACACCCUCAGCAUCGCGGCAAGGUCACGACUCUCUACAACACGCUCUGGUACUUGGGUAGUAUCAUUGCGGCCUGGUCUUGCUUCGGAACGCUCACAAAACAAGCCGGCGAUCUACAAUGGCGACUACCUACCGGAUUGCAGUGCAUGAUGCCGGGCAUCCAGUUGAUGGCCAUCUGGUUCCUUCCCGAGAGCCCAAGAUGGUUGAUCAGCAAGGGCAAGGAGGCCGAGGCGAAGAAGGUUCUCAUCAAGUACCAUGGCAACAACAAUGAAAACGACGAAUUCGCGCAUUGGGAGUUUGCCGAGAUCACUAGCACUCUUCGGCUUGAGAAGGAGGCUUCGGCACAAAGCGGCUGGAUGGAACUCGUGCGAACUCCAGGAAAUCGCAAGCGUUGCGGGCUCAUUACUGCGACUGCUAUCUUUUCCCAGUGCAGUGGUAACGGUUUGGUGUCAUACUAUGUAAGUUUCUUGGUAUUCCAAAGCAGCCCGCAGCUUGCCGUUAUUCUGGGAACUAUUGGCAUCAAAGACUCCAUCACACAAUCCUACAUCAACGGUGACCUGACCAUCUGGUGCUGGCUUGUCUCGCUCACGGCCGCCUUUUUCGUCGACCGAAUCGGACGCCGAGUACUCUUCCUCUUCGCCGGCGUCGGUAUGCUCAUCUCAUUCUCCAUCUGGACGGCUUGUAGCGCAGUGUACGCCCAAACCCAGUCUUCAUCGGCUGGCAUCGCCGUUGUGGCUAUGAUCUUCGUCUUCUACGGUGUCGCGGGAGCCGCUUGGCCCGGCCUGACCGUCUCCUACACCGUCGAGAUCCUGCCGUACAAUAUUCGCGCCAAAGGCCUCACCUUGUGUUUCUGCUUCACUGCACUGAGUGGUGUCUUUAACCAAUGGGUCAACCCCUUGGGGCUUGAGCAGCUGGAGUGGCAUUUUUACUUCGUUUACAUCGCCAUUCUGGUAAUUGAGUGCCUGGUCAUAUACUUCUUCUUCGUGGAGACAAGGGGUCCUACAUUGGAAGAAAUUUCCAUGCUCUUCGACGGCAAAGAUUCUGCGGCUGGAGUCGCGAGGGUUCACGCUCAGGCAAAGGUUGAGGAGGUUGAGAAGAGAGAGAGCGCAUAA